AUGAGCAAUGCUAAGCUUAGAAAUUUGGUUAACUGUCUCUAUCAGAUCCGUGACAGAAAGUACUUCAGAUUUGCCUUUGGUUAUGAAGAGGUCUGGCAGCUGGACUCAGGCAGCAAGACACCCCCACAGCCCUCGAGACCCCAGCCCCUCACCUCAGCCCAGUCCUCGACCAGCUGCCCCACGGUUGUUUGUGUUACAUCGGACCUACAGCCGCAUCGGACGGCCGCUCUUGGGGCUCCUGCCUCCGGACCUGCCAGGGACCGACCCGGGAAGGAUCCGAAUCCAGCUCAGAAGGCGGCGCUGCGAAGACAAAAGCGUGCACUCGCCAGAAGGCGCCGCUACAAGUCGCGCGUCCAACCUCCGCCCUUCCAAUUCCUGCAGGCCGGAUUCGCCAGCCCCGCAGCCACCACGCCCUCCUCUCCCCAUAGCCCUCUAGCUCUGGCGGGGCCACACAUCCUCACCCGAAGACUUGAAGACCAGAGAAAGGUAGACUACGGCACCGACACCACUUCACACUCGACGAGCCUUGCUGGCCUGAGUCCACUCUUUCUCCUCUACUCAGGACCUUACCCCUGCAACCUGGUGUUAAUAGUGUCAUACCAGAUUCGCUUCCCCGGUGUGUCUGCACCCCUUCGAGGCAAGGAAAUGAGAAAGCUACUUCUCGUCCGAGCGGAGCAGGUCAAUGAAGAGGGGGCAGUGAACCGCAAAAGGAGGAAUAAGAAAAAGAAAAUUGGCAUAACCUCUGUAGAGAGGGCAGUGCUUCGGUGUGGCAAGGGCAGAGGAGGGCCUGGGGCUGGCCUGAAAGCUGGCAUCCGUGGCCCUGCCAACACUAAAGCCAAGGCUAAGAUCCAAGCCAAGGCGGUGGCUGAGGCAGAACUGAAAACAGGACUGGUGACCCAGGCCAAGGCUGGGGAUGGAGCAGUGGCCAACACAGUGACCUAUGCUGAGGCCAUGGCUCUGACAAGGCAAGUGGGCAAGAUGAAUUCUAACACUAAGACUAGAGUCAUGGCUGAGACCAAGGCAAUCCCCCUGACAGAACCUAGUGUAGUGUCCCAAACCAAAUCAAAGGCCAUGCCUAUGUCCAGGCUCAGUGCUGUCACCCAUUAUAAAGUGAAGGCUGGGGCUGGAAGUGAAGCCAGUAUCGGUUCCAAAGACAACAUUGGGUCCAGGUCCCAGAGAAGGAGCAAGGCCAGCAUCAAGUUGAAGGCUGGGAACAGAGCUGGUACUGUAACUCGGUUCAGUGAUGAGGAUGGAGAAAAUGUCUGUUCUUGGUUUUGGACUGGAGAAGAGCCUAGUGUAGGAUCCUGGUUCUGGCCUAAAGAAGACAACCCAUUUCAAGUGUAUAAGCCUCCAGCUAAGAUCCAGGAAAUGCCCAAGCCUACACCCAAACCUGAACUCACUGUAAAGCAAAAAGCAAAAGCAUGGUCAAGGGCCAGGUUUUGUGUCCUAGUUCCGGUAAAUGGAGGGGAGCAAUCCUUACCUCCAGCAGGGAAUUGGACUCUGGUUGAUACCUUGAUUGAAACUCCUCUAGGGAUUCGACCUCUGACCAAGAUCCCACCGUGUAAUGGGCCUUACUUUCAGACUUUAGCUGAGCUCAAAAAUCAGGUUAAGUGUAGGGAAAAGUAUAGGCCCAGUCCAAAAACCUGUCGCUGCAAAUCACAUGUUUUUAGUUUAGAGCCUAAAGAGUUUGAUAAACUUGUUGCCCUACUUAAAUUAACUAGGGAUCCUUUCAUUCAUGAAAUAGCUACAAUGGUAAUGGGUAUCAGUCCUGCUUAUCCAUUUACCCAAGAUAUAAUUCAUGAUGUAGGUAUUACUGUUAUGAUUGAAAACUUGGUCAAUAAUCCCAAUGUUAAUGAACACCCUAGAACUUUAAAUAUGGUGGAUGACAACUCUGAGCCUUCUGGAGAACCACAAAUAGGAGAGUUGUACAUAAAUCAAGUUUGUAGGGACAUAAUCUCUUAUCCUUUGAACUCCACCAUGCAGCUGGAUGGACUGAAAUUAUUAGUGCAGCUGAGUGUAAGGUUUGAGUACCACCAUAUAAUUGUCAAUUACAUUCUAGAUUUCCUCACUUUGUUAAACAAGGGAAGUGUUAAAACCAAGCUUUAUGUUUUAAAAGUGUGUUUGCACUUGUCUAAAAAUCAAGCCAAUACAAGAGAACUGAUCAGUGCCAAAGUGUUGUCAUCAUUGGUUGCACCCUUUAACAAAAAAGAGUCAAAGGCCAAUAUUCUUAAUAUCAUUGAAAUAUUUGAGAAUAUAAAUUUCCAAUUUAAAAAGAAGGUGAAGCUAUUUACCAAGGAAGAGUUCACUAAAUAUGAACUUAUUUCCAUAUUUGAGGGUGCAAAAGAGUUUGGUCAGAAACUACAAGACUUAGCAGAGCACAGUGAUCCUGAGGUGAGAGAUAAAGUUAUAAGAUUAAUACUCAAACUCUGAAUAGCUGUAUGUUCUCACAAAACCUUUAGCAGUUUUUUUGGUAUUGUAGUUUGAAACCAAUGCAACUUAUAAGUUCAGUAUUUAUGCUAUCCGUGCUGAUUGAAGGAGCCAAUUUUAUGGAUACCAAAUGAUCUUGAGAGCUUGAAUGUUUGUUGGUUUUCAUUGUGCUAUAUAAGUUCAGAUAUUUUUAGUAUUUUUGCAAUAUGACCUGAUAAUGAACCUAUUCAUUCUGAGUAAGUUAUACUUCUGUGCUUUAUAUUAACAUAAGUGUAUUUAUUUAAUAUUUCAAUUACAUGUGAAUAAAGUUGCAUGCUAAAACUGGUGAAA